AUGCAUGCCACCCCACUCUUGUACUACGCUUUUGAGACAGCCGUUUUUUGGGACUUUAUCAUUCGUGACACAUUCUUAUCCAUCGCCGAAACCCAGUGCGUAGCCACCGCGAUGGCAAUUGUGGCAGAUUCGACCGAAAUGGCUUCUGUGCCAGGUACUGUACAUUUGGUCGAUUUAGACCAUAGUAUACACGCUCGUCAUGCUGGCAACGGAGACAUCAUCCUCGAUCCAGCGCCCUCGAGUGACCCUGAUGAUCCGCUCAACUGGUCUCCACGCCGCAAGCUCACAUCUUCAUUAUGUACCAAUUUGUAUACGUGGAUGACAGGCAUCGCGGUGUCUACUGUAUACUCGGUGUUAGUACCAUUAUCUGAAGCAUCAGGCGUCUCCGUAUCAACUUUGAACGAAGGGACUGGAUACAUGUUCCUCUUUCUUGGUUGGGGACUGCUCUUUUGGCAACCUUUUGCGCUGCGAUAUGGGAAACGUCUUACGUUCCUGAUAUCAGUCGUUGGAGCCAUUGGAUGUAGUAUUUGGAGUGCGUAUGUCAAAAGCAAUGGCGAAUGGAUAGCCAGAUGCAUCGUUAUGGGAUUCUUUGUCGCACCAGUAGAAGCUCUUCCCGAAAUCUCAGUAACCGACGUAUACUUCACCCACCAGCGAGGAAAAUAUAUGGGCUUCUACGCUUUCUCCCUAGCGGGAAGCAACUACUUUGCCCCUAUCAUCUCCGGCUUCAUCGCAGAAGGUCAAGGCUGGCAAUGGGUGUUCUAUUGGCCGGCAAUCUUCCUCGCCGUGACGUUAGUCCUCUUGUUUUUUUGCAUGGAAGAGACAAACUAUACGCGCAAGAUCGAGGGGAUACCUGUCGCUAGAGACUCUCCAGAGAUGGAACCAUCCAAGGUUUUGGACCAGGAGAAAGCCGACAUAACGACGUCGCCGUCCACUAUGAGCGAUGACAUGCGAGUGUCAUCCAAGACUUUUGCUCAAAAGCUAUCUCUAUGGCAGACAUCUCCAGGAGCGAACGUCUUCGAGCGUGCGAAGCGUAGUCUGAUAUACAUUAGCUGGCCUGUUAUCUUCUACUCAGGUUUCAGCUACGGUUCAUACCUCAUUUGGUUUAACGUCUUGAACGCUACUGCUUCCAUCAUUCUUGGUGGGCCAGGAUACAACUUCAAGCCCUCCAUGGUCGGUCUAAGUUAUGUGUCUUGUUGCAUCGGGGUCAUUGCCGGGGCGCUGUUCUCUGGGCGCUUCAGCGACUGGCUAACGAUCAAAUUAGCGCGUAGGAACAAUGGUGUCAUGGAAGCGGAGCACCGUCUAUGGCCUUUCGCAGUGUGCCUAGUAAUGGUUCCGGCAUUCUUGAUACUCUGGGGUGUUGGCGCUGCGCAUGGCGUACACUGGUUCGGACUCGUCUUUGCCAUGGGAUGUGUAGCGUUCACCUCUUCUGUCGGCGUCACAAUCAGUGUGAACUACAUGAUCGAUAGUUAUCACGAUAUCAGUGGCGAUGCGAUUGUGACGGUCAUCUUGAUUCGCAACACCAUGUCCUUCGCCAUAAGUUACGGUAUUACUCCAUGGCUGACAAACCUCGGGUAUCAGAACUGCUUCAUCUCUGCAGCUUUCGUUGGCAUGGCUGCGUCCGCUGUCUUUCUUGUCAUGAUCAAGUACGGUAAGCGUUUGCGCAUCAGAAGUGGUAACAAGUACUACAAUAUUGUGAACGCCGAUAAGGCGGUGAGUUAG